AUGGCAGCAGCCAUCGCCAGCUCCCUGAUCCGCCAAAAGAGGCAAGCGAGGGAGCGGGAGAAGUCGAACGCUUGCAAAUGUGUCAGCAGCCCCAGCAAGACCAAGACGAGCUGCGCCGACAAGAAGAAGCUCAGCGUCUUCUCCCGGGUCAAGCUCUUCGGCUCCAAGAAGAGGCGGCGGAGGAAACCAGAACCCCAACUUAAAGGCAUUGUAACGAAACUGUACAGUCGGCAAGGGUAUCACUUGCAGUUGCAGGCAGAUGGAACUAUCGAUGGAACCAAAGAGGAAGAAAGUACCUACACUUUGUUCAACCUCAUACCUGUGGGUUUGCGAGUGGUGGCAAUUCAAGGCGUUCAGACAAAGCUGUACCUAGCAAUGAACAGCGAAGGAUACUUGUACACAUCGGAACACUUCACACCAGAAUGCAAGUUCAAAGAAUCGGUUUUUGAAAACUACUAUGUGACUUACUCCUCCAUGAUCUACAGACAACAGCAGUCAGGAAGAGGCUGGUACUUGGGUCUUAACAAAGAAGGAGAAAUCAUGAAAGGAAACCACGUCAAGAAAAACAAGCCUGCAGCACACUUCCUCCCCAAACCAUUAAAAGUGGCCAUGUACAAAGAACCCUCCCUCCACGAUCUUACAGAAUUUUCACGGUCCGGUAGUGGCACCCCCACAAAAAGCAGAAGUGUCUCAGGAGUGCUAAAUGGUGGGAAAUCCAUGAGUCAAAAUGAAUCUACGUAGCCAGGAUGGGGAGCUGGUGGAAAGAUGUCUGAUGGAAACUUACCUCUGGAAUUGCCGUUGAGAACCCUUACUAGCCGUCUCCCAUCCAACCAGUCUGAACAAGCCCGAGGAGCUGGCAUAUCUCACAUUG